AUGCAGCAACAGAUGGAAUCAUUCGAAUGUCUACGUCGGCAGACGCUGCAGAACGCUAGCUUGGAGAAAACUGAACAGGAAUGCAACAUCUCUCAGUUGGAACAGGAACAGGAACAGGAGAGGAGGGCACUUCAGGGCCAGCUGGAAGAGAUGGGGGAAAGGGAGAAGAUGUACGCGGAGGACUUCAAAGCGUUGCUCAGCAAGCACGAAGGGCUCCAGGCUCGGAACCAAGCGCUGCAGGCGGAGAGGGAGCAGCUCGAAUUGGAGAGGGAGAGGGCGCGGGGAGAGGUGGAGAAGAUGCUGGAGGAACGAGAGGACCUGCUGGCGGUCAUCGGCGCCAAGGAGGCGGUGCUGCGGGCCGAGAGGAACAAGGGGGCCGCGGAGGCCGUCCGGGCGAACGCGCUGCGGGCGGAGAACGAGGAGCUGAGCCGCAGCCUGCACAGGGCGACGGAGGAGAACGCGUCCCUGAAGGACGAGCUGGAGAAGGCCAAGUGCCAGGUCCACUGCGUGAGGGCGAAGAACGUCGUGGUGAGGACCAAGAACCUGAUGCUCUUCCAGCUGGUGCAGGAGCUGCGGGGGAAGGAGAGCCAGAGUCCGGGGAGCUCCCUGCAGCGGGGGGCAGCGAGGCCAGGGAAGUGCGAGGCGCUGUCCACGCCAGCGGUGCUGGAGAAACACUGGACGGCCAGCUCGCUGCUCGAGUGCAAGGCGGCGCAGGUGGACGAAUGCUGGCUGCUUUCAGCAAGGCACACUGGCAUCGCGGACUGGGAUGUCCACGCUAUCCAGGCUGAGAUAGAGGGGGAGCACUCGGCCUAUUCACCUGGGCUCCAUAGCGAAAGCCACGCAGACGAGGACCCCGAGCACCUCAAUCUCCCACUUGCAUCUUUUAACAGCAUCACAAAUCCUUCUGCCGGCUGUGAAUCCUUGCAAACGCGCCGGAUGCCUCAAUGCAGCAGCAGUCCGAGAGAGCAAAGCAAUAUCAACGAGGUCAGAAAAGGGUUUGAGGAACUGGAAGAGGAACAGAGACACAAUAUUGGAAGCCAGCCUCACAAUCCAGCCUCAUGGCAUAGCGCGGCCUUCAGAGACAGGAAAAUACAGGGAAUGGCCAGAGGGAGUGGUGAUGCAUCACAAGUACUGCAGGAACACAAUUUGCCAUCACUCAGUAUCGAGCGGUAUUCAUUUGGGUCUGAUGGGAAAUGUACUCCACCAUUGACAGGAGGGAGACCAGACUUAGAAAAGCAACUUAAUUGGAGUAAUAAGGAUCUGGAUGGUUGCACUGAUGUGUCCCAAAAGGGAGUGGAUGAGAAGAGUCCACUAUUCCGGGACUACGUCCGUGCCCGCGGUGUCCAUGGGAACAGAGGCCUCCCGUGA